AGGCCCUCAGUGAUCUGGUAUUAACCAAGGCAUGUGAUCAUCUUCCUGUUAGCAGUGUUUUAUUAGUAAAGUGAGUUUAUUGUGUGUGAAAUUGAAGCCUUCAUCUACCCUCGCAAAGAGCACAAUUAUCGUCCUCCCGCCCUGACUAUGAUGUUCACGUCAUUUAUGAAAAUACAAGAUCGGGGGCUCCCACACACUAAGUACCGCCCAUAUGUUCUUGACUCCAGACUUGCGUUCCUUUUCCUCUUUAAGGAACUUAAAGCUUUAGCUUUUCUUUUAAAACAAAAUCAAAAAGCUUUCUUUUUCAAGUCGAUGACUCCUCCCAGCCGAGCACGGCGUUUUCGUCGUGGUUUACAACAUUCGAAGGAGGUUGUUCCAGGUCUCAAUCACAAUCGCACCUGCUCAAGAAUAUCCUGGAGGCGAGUCUUGGAAAAUUAUACAUUCGCAGAGGCCAACACGACGGACACCAGAAGUGCGACUACCACCCUCAACCUCCGUCGGCGGGCAGAGGUAGACACACAGCAGGUCCUCGGGGGCAGAAAAUGGCACGCGCGGACGGGCUGGUGCACUGGGAUUGUUGUUCCAACUAUUUACGCUCACCGGAAUAAACGGCGAUGUACGGCUUAAAUUGGCUAGCGACCUGUGGGUAAGUAGAAAAACGAGAAUCAGCUGAGCCUGAGCGGAGUCAACAUUGACUGCGCGCAAUCAUGUCAGCUUCCGGUGCAGAGCAGGCACAGAUAAAUUCGGGCAAUGUUUUAAAUUCGCCACCGGUUCCUGCCGUAGUUCCUGUGUGCCUGCGACUCAAGCAAGCGACCCCCUGGAGUCUACGACUGUACAUCACGGGCCUGGAAGGACUUCUAGUUGGAGAGGGACCUACGAGGAGCACCACUAGUAGCUCUGGUAGUACACCAACACCUGCUGCAGCAUCUAGUACUUUUGCAGGAGAGAACCUCCAGCCUGCUUGUUCGCUCGAAAAUGCGCGGUUUCAGGUGACCGUGCAGUACUUCAAGAGCCAUGACUACUCGGUUCUCAGGGCAUUUCGGUCUACCACCACCAAGGCGUUUUUGGUACACGCCGCGAAGAAUGAAGACACAAGGACUACUAGUGCGGAAACGGACCAGCAGUCCCCUCCAGGAAGAGGAGGAGGAACAUCUUCUCCGAGUGUUACUGGUGCUAAAACAAGCCGGACCUCAUCGUCGAACAACCAUCAAUUCGAGUCAGGGAGCUUUUGCCUCACCGACUUAGAGCCGGGAACAGGGUAAGGAAGCAAAGUUUCUAUUGUAGUAAGAAAGUCGGUCCGCAGCUUCGCGGGACUAUAGAAAGGAAACAAGGCAAGAAACGCGUGAGUAAGUAGUAUGCUUUUUAUGGCAUAAAUAUGCAUGAUCUUAUGUAUUUCCCGUCACCUCUAGAUUAGACACACAAGCUGCAUUUUUUAGGUCGUUCGCAUUAUGUGCACCGGAAGGCUGACGGGGAAGGCUUACGGCACGAUGCGUUGUAGACUCAUGAUGUCACCAUCUGUCGUAGCCCCCUCGUCCUAUCUACCUUCACUAGAAGAUCCUUGUGCUUCAUCAAGGACAGACACCACAACCACUACAGGUACGACGUGCGCUUUGUAGUAGAACGCAUUGAAGACACGACGACAACCUCUGCCAGCAGCUCCGCCGCGACGUCGAGCGAAGAUCCUCUUCCUUCGAAGGCCGAGCUGUUGAGUGGGUCCCCGGUUGUGGUAGAAGCGAAUGCGAACACGAAAACAUAUUCCGAGUACCUGAACUUUGCCACCGUGCCGCGGCUGCGCGGGCCCUGUCCGUUGCAACUCGUCCACGAUGCGCACUGCAGCAGGGCCCGGCUCCAGUGGCCGGCCGUGGAGUGCGGUUCGGGCGACAUUGGCGCCUAUGUGGUGCAGUACGUCGAGACCCCGGACCCCUCGCGCGCCAACCCGGCGAAGCUUUUCGCGGAAGGCUCGAAGCAGCUCAGGGAGUUACGGGUGCCCGCAAUUUUUUGCAACGAUUCCUCGUCGGAGCCGCCAGGGACAGGUAAAAUUACAGGCAGAAGGUUGCGCGGCGAGCAGCAGACGGUCGUGAAUCUCCAGAGCGGUGCUGGUGCCCGUGUUGAUCAAAAAGUGGCGUUUUUCGAUAGCAAUGCGGUGAAAGCAGAGGACUUCGAGGACGGUUCUGUGGCACAGGUCGUGUUGCGAGUUGACGCAGAAGAUCUGUCGGAAACUGAGGGUGCAUCAAAAACCGCAGAUGAUCAUGAACUUGAUGCAGGGAAGAUGAAUGUUGAAGCAUCAAUACCAGCAGCCGAGAAUAGUACUAGCGUCAGGGGAAGCGUGAAUUUUUGGCUGACAGAUUUGUCCCCUCUGAAGCACUACCUAGUCCGGGUUGCGGCGCUAGAUCCCUCCUUGUCAAAAGGCGGCAUUCUGACUGCUGGUGUCAGUCUCAGUACGAAGACACAGUCAUCCAGCCCCGACAAGGAAGACGAUCAACUGCGAAGCGCGACUACCGGGGGUGAUAAAAAUGUCGAAACAGCACUAGGCCGCACGGCAAGCGAAAGGGAGCCUGGUGGUACAAGAAGUGCAACCACGAGCGCAACAACGAACAAGUACUACUACACGCCUGCGCAUCUGUCAGCGCUGAACGUGCACCAAUUUUCGGAAGUGCUUGCGGUCCAGGCCGGGCGCGUGGCGCCCGCAGUGAGCCAGACGAGUGUGCUGCAGAUCUGUGCUUCGCACACCGAAGCCUUGGUUGGUUUCUCGCUAGCGAGCACGAGCACAGACGAAGCGCCGUCGACCUUUCGGUUGCGGAUUCAGCCCCACAUCAGUGCGGCCGGAAAGAAGAACACGGCGGUGGAGCAGAUUGUGAUGGUUACCGAAGCGGAAGCGAGAGAGCUCGGGGAGCAAGUCAGAGAAGUUUUACGCUCACACUCGGCCGAUGUACGGACCGCGCUUUCGGCGUCGGGUUCCUCCAUAGUGGAUCAGACCGGCGGUUGUACCAAAGGCGCGACGGCUAGUGACCACGAAGAAGGGGGAAAAAUUGGAAAAGAGUUGAUGCAAGAAAGCGGAAAAAACGCAGUUUCCUCAUCAUUGGCAACAAGACAAGAUAAGAAAUUCUCCGACCGGACGCAGGGUACAAGAUACGGGCCACCUGGAGGUGGUGAGGACAUCAUAAAGGAAAGCAUAUUCGACACCCAGGCGGAGCAAAUCGAGGAGAGCAUCUCGGCCCACCUAAUGGGCUUUCCGUUCUGGAACCGGCGGCCGCACCUCUUUGUUGGCAGCGGGGAGGACAUUCUGUCUGCGCCGCGUCUUGUUUGGACGCAGGGUGGCAAGGUCGCCACCAAGCUUGACGCCCCCCGACCAAACCCCGCGGCAACGAGCAGCGACGAGCGGUUUCGCGCUCAGCUGGACGCUGAUUUGUUUCAGUACGCCGUGCGGAUCCCGCUGAAAACAACUCCUGGGGGAAGGACACAGACGCAGCCGUCGCCUGAUGCUCCACGAACUAAUGUAGGGACGCAAGGCGAAAACGCGGUUCCGGCCGCACUAGGGGCGAGCGCAGGGGACUCGGACGCAGUGUCCAGUGUGCCAGCAUCCGCAGCUGCAAUAAAACCAGGAGUAGUACCAUCAUCACCAACAAAGGGCGCACCAUUAGAACAAGCAGAGCCACAAGGUUCUUCGCCAUCAGCCAGAGGUCCUGCGUCUGCUUUGACCAAGCCAGCAGCUGCAACAGCAGCAGAGAUGAUCAUACCAGCGAGCAACAAGCCCGCUGGAACUACCGCCGCAGAACUGCAGCAGCAAGCUAUUCUGAGCGCAAGCGUGACGGUCAGUUGUGCCUCGGAGCUGGGUGAAAACGCCGUGGACGUUUCUGAGCUGGAGGUUCAGCUCCGCGGUAUCCCGACCGUGGACGAUCCCAUGGACAUCGUGGCCAGCACGACACACGACACGGUUUAUUUUGACAUCUGGAUGCCGGACCCGACGGCGGAGGAUACCGAGUUGCUAGACAGUUGCAGAACGCUGCAAGUGCAGGACAUUUUGAUCCAGCGCGAGCUAGAGGCCACGGGUUAUUUCGGCAGCAAGCACCGGUUGUGGUCGGAACCCGAAAUUCUGCAGGUAGAAUCGAAUUUUCGAAUGUACCAAACCGGAAACAUGUUCUAUUCGACGCCUGAUGGAUCAACUGCGAUGUCACAAGUCGCGGUUGCACCAGGCGGCACGAGAAAGAACAAUAAGCACCAGAGAAAGAACGCCGAAGAUUCGCCCGCGGCAGUACUCGGGAAGAACGACAGUGGUGAGGGGGGCGAAUUCCUAUCACGGCCGACAACCUCCAAAGCCGCACGGCACCAGCUUGCGCGGUACGACGAAGCGGAUUUGAUGCUGCGAUUCAACAACAGCGCGCAGCAAAGCACCAGCUCUUCUUCAUCUCCGCCCUCCCCGAUUCGCAGCGACGAGCAGGGGGAGAGUCCGGACGGGUCGAUUUCCCCGCGACAGAAGCGGCGCGCGCAGUGGGACCAGCGCAUCCGGAUGCGCAAGUUCGUGAAAGUCAGGGGAAAGGUCGCGACCGGGCUCCUGCCGGAGACGAGGUACGUGUUUCAGCUCGCCGGGCGCACGGAGGACGGGCACGUCGGCAAAUACCAGCAGAUUGAGGUGCGAACCAAGAAGAUCGCGCCCAGCAUGGAACAGGUGCGGCUGAGCGUGCACGAGAAAAACCGUAGCAGUUUGCUUUUGAAAUGGGAGAACCCAACCUUUGACCGGGAAGAUUUGGUCGAGGCGCACCUCGGAUAUUGCCUGAAAAUUAACCAUCGCCAUCCACUUUUUGCAUGACAAACACAGACUUUACUACAUGUUUUGCAUGACAAGUUUGAUGGGGAUGUUUAAUUUUCAGGGAAUAUCGGACUCAACAAAAUCAUCGGCUACCACCUGCGCCACAAGAAGAAGGGCGACGCGAGUUGGCAGGAGCUGCACAAGAUCGCCGUGCCCACAGAACUACUCACCUCAGGGGUGGAUCUGGACCACCUGGCGGAAGUGGAUCAUCAAAGUGGUAACAUUCCUUCUUCCCGUCCAGAAAUCGAUCUCUCCACCGGCAGAUUGAUUUCUUCCGACAGCUCUGCGUCCGCGGUAAGCAGCUCGGACAACCGACCAGGUUCGCCGCUCUCCCGGUCAGCGUCCUCUUUCAGCUACAGCAACUUGCAUCUGGUGUCAAAUUUGGCCUCCUCCUCGCGAAAGGCAGCCGUGGACGGCGCGAGCAAGGUCGACCCGGCCUUGAAGGUGGAGACGUUCCACGAUAUGGAAUCCGGCGGGUCAAACACCAUGAUCACCGUCACGCCCCCGUCGGGCUCGGCGCGGCUGUACCGACAGGGAAAGUCCCCCAGCUUCGCGUCGUCGAAUGCGAAGUCGGCCGCGAGUAGAAUCAUUGCAGGUCAGCAUCAAGUUGUACCAGCCGAAGCCGCGGGCACUACCCCGACAACAAACGACGAAUUAGAUGACCAGCAGCACAUGCAGCCAAGUUACUUGCUGUUGCAAAACAGUCUCGGCCAGGAUGACGCGGUUGCCACCACCGCUGCGCUGCAACAGCGCAGUGCGAACAAGCGAGCCCUGUUUCAACAUCUUGGAACAUCAAACGAGAGUGAGAGCUCCUUCCCGCCUUCAUCUAACUCUGCGUCCUCAGAUCCUCUGGACAAAAUUCCCGAGUCCACCUCCACGACAGAAUCCCUGCUUGAUCCGAAGGGGUCUUCUCCGGCCGGGGCAGUGGAUUUGAUGUAUGCACGAGGAGGGGCCGCUGGGUUGAUGAAGCUGACGGCUUUCCCUUCCGGGACCACAGCUGAGGAAUCUGAGAACCAGCAGCUUCCCGGGAAGCCCAUUUCAAACGCGGUCUUGUUUCGCCGCCGGGCCGGGGUGAACGAAGUAGAUGUGUAUGUCUCAUCUUCUGGAACUGGACGAGUAGAUGAAACUACACACCUUGAAGUAGAUGGCUCUGGGCACAAUUAUUCCAUCGACGACAGCGACGUGCAGCCGUGGAUCGUGAGUGAGGUGGAGAACUUGGCGCCGCUGACCACCUACGUGUUCGAAAUUGCGGCGGUCACAGACCGUGGCGUGGGCGCGUUUUCCAACGAAUACAGCUUCACCACGCUCGGGCCGGCGCCGGACUUGGGCAAGCCCAGCGCGGUGGUGGUGCGGCCGAAUAAAGUGCUGCUCAGUGUCGAUCUGCAGCUGGCGAACGAUCCGGAUAAUUUGCGCUUGCUCUCCGACUUGUCAGCCUUUCAGGUGCGCUUUUACGAGACCGGAUUGUUGUCUAAGUGGGAGGAGAGGCAGGUGCUGAUGUGGCAUUUGCUGGUCGACGGUGAACAGGAAAUUUUGGAACAAGAGGAAUCCGCCAGCAGCCCGACGCUACUCGGACCCAGAGGACGAACAAAUCGGUCGCCCUUUUUGCUAAAUUUCUGUGCGCGAAUGCUGGGCGAAAAGAACGAGGCUGCAGAAAGUUUAUCGUUGACAGACGGAACCAAAUCGCAGCCUACAACGACCGCACUAAGCGCUGUGUCCACGCCAGUGCAGCAACAGCACACUUCGGGCGACAAGGGUUUACGUGAGCAUCUGCUAAUGGAAGAGUUUCAGGAGAGCAAAGAAACUGCAAUUUCCCCCGCAAUUAUCCGCGACCAGGCUGGUUUUUACGCGCAACUGAUGCGACUGCGGCAAGACCCCGACGCAAAUCUGCGGGUGUUCGCGGAGAUCACGAAUUUGCAGCCCGACAGGAAGUACAUCUUCCAAGUCUGCGCAAGAACCCGGUGCGGGCUGGGUAAGUGGAGCGUGGACAGCGAAGUCGUGGCGACGCACCGUCUUUGCCCGGUCGUGAUGAAGCCACAGGUGAUGGAUACCUCGAUAGCCGGGGUGCGCGCGAACUACCUGCUGUACCAUGACGAGCUGAUCCGCGAGCACCGCUCGCAAGCUGACCGCGCGAUUGCGGGGAUGGUAGUGGUGAAUCCGAGUCAGAUAAACCCAAAAGCAUCCAAUCAACUUUUGCAGGGAAUCGGAGCAAAGACAACCCUGCAGGAGCUGUAUGAGCAAGCUAUAGCCACGACAAAAAGUGUUGAAGACCGCAUGAAACAAGUUGGCGACUACAUCGAUUCUGAAGAGGUUGAAGGCAGCCUAGGGACUGCAGAACAUGAAAUGUUUCUGCCUCCAUUGGUUUCAGCCUCCUCCUCCGCGACGCUUCUGAGCCUGGAGAGCGGCAAACUGCUGUUCACGGAGAAGGGGAUGGCGGAGCUCUUCAACACAUCGGGUAGUUCUUCCGCCACUGCAACAGCAGCGCAAAAGGACAACUUGCCAAAAGAGAGAAAAGCGGAACUUGAUUCUGCACGGAGUGCCAUUGCCGAUCUUCCCAUGUUGCCGCAAUGGGUCCAAGACGUGAACCACCGAUGGAAUGAAGUAGCGGUCGUUUACAACGGUGGCAUGGAGUUCCGGCCGACUGUGGAGAGCUUUAUUUCAACACCCGACAUCAACAACAGGGGACACCAGGCGGGUGGAAAUUAUGCUAAUACGACGAAUGCGACUACAUCUCUGGCAGCUGAUCAUGCCGUCGCCUUUUCGCCGAUUCGGACCAACAAGCAGCAGCACGAACUUUCCUUCGCGCGCGCAGCAAAUAACGCUGGCCGCUCUUUCAGCCCUCAUUUGAUGGAGGCAAGCAGCCUAAUGGCCUCGCCGGUGCUGGACCUGCAGCAUCGGUUGCAAGGGCAGCCCUUGUUGAUGUCGCAGCUCGCGCCGACCAGCAGCUCAGUGCCGGUAUUCACCGACGUCGCCAUCGGUUUGGCUUGGCGUUGCCCGCUGGCGAAGGGAAAUAGCGUCGAUUUACUGGAUCCGUUUGUGGGCCGGAACAACAACUACAGAGGGAAGAUGAACCAAUAUCACAGCAGAAAUAACCUAACGACGUCGGACUUGCUGCGGACGCGAGGUGUGGGCAAUUCGGUGAGUGAGCAAAUUGCGAGUAGCCCGGGCACGAUGGGCAUCGCGACUUCGGCAACUUCUUCGACUGUAGGCGGUGCGGCGGCACUUGACAGCAGCACGACGCCUAGUUCAUCCUUGCAGCAGCUUCCUUACUGUGUGGAUAACAUCCCGCUGUACUACGAGAUUCGCUAUCGCCCCGUGGAUCCCGAGACGCUGAAAGAGCUCGGACCCUGGAAGCACUUUCGGUGCACGGCGAAUCACGAGUUGAAAGUUUCAGAGAAUUCCUUAGCCGACGUCAGCGAAGGAGAGCUGGUUGCUGUGUUCGGGUCCUGCAGCGCUGAGCAACUUCACUACAGCGAGAAUUCUUCACCUCCUGUGUCCCCUUUAGCGGACCAAGCGAACGCGCUCGCAGACGCGAUUCUGAACACCUGGACGCCGCAGCAGGAAGAGUGGGGACGCCGUUUGCGGGGGUCUCUGCAAUCAAAACGCGUGCAGCUACUCCGAGCGCGAGGGACGUCUGACCACUACAACAUCUUCAAGCAGGUGAACUUCACGAAAGACGGCUUUUCCGUUCUCGAAUUUGCCCAUCAGCUUUCGCAGCACGCAACCCUGCAGGACAGCUUACGGUCCGUUCUCGCCAGUUGUGAUUUGUCGGAAGAGAACCUCUCGAAGUUUUCUGAAAUUACCACCGUGCUUGUCCCAGACUUAGACCCGAACACGGCGUAUGCGUUUCAAAUCAGACCUGUUACGCAUUUCCAAUUAGCCCAGUUGUGGCAAAAGAACAGCAAGAUCUUCCACCACGAGGCCCAGCGCCAGUUGGAGAGUAUCCCCCGCGGCCCGAAGAUCCAGAGUUUGGUCGACAUUUCGUUUCAGUCCCUUUCCAACGCGUUCGUUUUCGAAAAACAAUUUUCCGAAUCCAGCUCCUUGAUCGGCACACUGGAUGUCGCCCCCGUGAUUCGCAAGGUGCAAGUUGCCGAAACGACGACGACCACCGCGACCUUCUUCUGGUGCGCGACGGAGCUCCAGCCGUUACUGCUACCGAAAUUGCAGUUGCAAAGCUUCGAAAUCCAGCACUACUCGAAGCGGAACGGGAAGAUUUCUGGCGAAGUUACCACCGUGUUUGUGAAGCGCGACCAAUGCUUCCUGCAGAGCAAGGUGUUGGACAACGGCGUUGCUUUGGUCCGAAGGCUGCGCUCAGAAUUGGAAGAUGAGGACUUGAGAUCUUCCACAAGCCCGUUCAUGAGCGCGCAGAGCUCGAAAAACAGCACGACAGGUGGCACUGCGAACAGUACAGGUGGCGCAGUUGCGACCAAAAAGGACCAAAUCAAGAAGCACGUGGGUACAACACCGUCUGCUGGUGGAAGUGCCGUCAAAGCCAGCACCAGCAGAGUGAACGAUUCCAACAAGAAUGUUCAGAACCUUGCCACCGCGACAUCUACCUUGCAGUCCCCGCCAGCACAUAAAGUGAAAAUAAACCCCACGUCGACCUCCACCGGCCGCGACUACUUCCUGGGUAACGCGAGUUCUCCGCUAGUCGCUUCCCCGAAGUUGUACACAGCUAGUUACAAGCAGCAGCUCGCGCAGUAUUUCAGAAAGACCGAGCAGGAGAUGCCGCCGUUCUUGGUGCGCUUUCUCUACGCGAAGCUGCAGGUGAUCAAUCUUGAGUCGGCUACCGACCAUUUCGUGCGGAUCCGCGCCGUCACUGCCGCCGGUCCGGGGCCGUGGUCCACCGAGAAGGCGUGUAAGACCACGCUCGCGCUGCCGCCACCAAAUGCGCCGUCGUUGAUCUUCGCGCAGGCGACGCAGCUAACCGUGGUCGUGGUUCUGGAGCAAGAGCAGCAGGGCCAGUUUCGGUUCUGGGACUGCCGGCUGCACCACAUGUCGCCGGAGGAAAAGAAGUGGACCAGUGGCGAAUUUCGCAUGUACGACAGCGCAAUCCGGCAGCACGCGCCGCGGCGAAUCCUGCUGCAGCUGGACGGGUUGACCCCCGGAGGCCAUUACCAGUUGCAGGUGCGGGGGGUCACGGCCGACAAUUUGACCAAGAGCAGCUGGAGCGAGAAGAGCCCGGUAAUGGAGACGACGAUAGGGGACAGUUUGAAAGAAGGGCUGAGUUCCGGGAAGGCGGAUAAUUUUGGUUCAGUAGCUGCUGUUGGGUCAGCAUCAUCUUCAUCUUCCAGAGGCGAGAGACUGUCGGGGACAGUAGCUUCCGCACAGCUCCUGGGAAGUGCUGUCUCCGGUACGGCAGGACGAGAGCUGCAGUUUGACCAGGCCGGACACAGCAGGGUGCGACUCGACGGUGGAGAGGAAACGUUGAGCCACGAGCAGCACAACAAAUUGCUAGCCGUGGCGGAAAGUACAAAGCAUUCGAAGGACGUCUCCACACUAUCCGCGGAUUCAGGGCGACAGCUGCAGACGUCGCUGGAGACGGUAAAAUGUCAUUCUGAUCCACGUUUUUCUUGUUUCUCAUCACUGUAAGUUGCACAAGGUCGUGCUGUGGUGUUGCUUCUCAUCUUGUUGUGCUUUGUAGUUGACCUUGACGAUAUGCUGCUGGGAUUGAGGACCUAAAACUAAAAGAUCAAAUCUAGUCGCACAUCAAAUAAACCUACUUACUUAAACCUAUCAGAUCCUCACCUUCGUCAUCACCCGCGCGUUAAAAGGAGUGACCCUCGCUUCCGUGGAGUACCGACCGGUGGACGUCGAAGCGCGCGCGCAGGCGCAGAUGCACGGCGGCGCCGAGGAGGCCGUGCGAUAUUUGAUCGACCAAGCAGAGAAAUAUGGAAAUGAGGGCUUCAACGUGGAAGACGGCAGCGAAGCCUCCUACGGCGAGCAGUUCGCGAGGUACGCGAAUACGACCCAAUUGGUCGACUUCCUUGUCGGGCUGAUUCCCGUGGUCGGUGUUCCCGGAGUGUUUCUCAAAGACAUGUUUUUCCGCGUCCGGAAUUGCGCAUUGAUCGCGGAAUUGUACGGUGUGGAUACGCUGAACGACUUGGAGGCGCAAGCGAUGAUUUUGACUUGCUUGAUUCCCGGACAAAACAUCGAAAACAUUCACCGAAGAAACCAGGAAAAUUCAUCAUCUGCGGGUAGUGCGGAUCAAGGUACUGGAGGUGGAGCAGCUUCCAAUCUGCAGUACACAAGCACUACCUCGUCGGACGCGCCGGGUGGCACGGGGGACCACAACUCCGACGCGAGUCCGAAUCAAGGGGCCAGCUCAUCUUCUACUUUCGCUGGGACCACGCGGCUCGAUUCUGGCAGUACGACACCACGCGGUUUAGACGGGAUGCAGCCGGAAGACAGUGUCAGAAUAGCGGCGUCGCCGAACACGAUGAAAAGUGGUUUUGACGCGUCGAUGAAUAAGGGCAUGACCUACCAGACCGGGCUCAGUGGUGGCGGAGGAAAUUAUAGUACUGCAAGUUCAUCUUCUGGUUCUGCGCAGUACAAUUACGAUGGUACGCCGAUCACCAAUUUGUCCGAGAUGGUGGACAUUCACGACGUGCACGACAUCACGACCGCCGUAGCGACGGCGGUGGUGAAGGAGGCGAUCAUUCUCGCGAGUGGAAUCACAAAAUUCUCCCGGUUGAUUGACAUUGUCGCGGAUUUGGUCAGUUACAAGCCCGGACGCGCAAACUCCGUCGGUGCUAGUCCCGAGGCACUGGCUGCGAGCAUGUUCCAGCCGCAGCCGAAGACGGAGCAAAUCCCGUACUUGGGCGGGUGCUUGUUUCUCUGGCUGCUGCCAAUUAUCAUCUCCGGCGCGCGCUUUGUGUACACGAGGAUCUUGCCGAUCUUCCAAAUCCCAUUAUUGUACCAGCAAGACCUGACCGUGGGAUUAGUGUGUGCGAUUUUGGCGAUUGGGUGGACGACAUCUCUUCCUCUGUUGUUAAACGCACAGGCAUUGCGCGACUGGGCGACGCAGGCCUUGGCGUCGUUGCCGGCGUUUGUCGUUUUUGGCAUCCACGCAGCUUUGCCCGGGAUUGGCUGCUUCCUCGGCGCGCGGGACAUUCUGACACCCUUGGUGGAGCAUAGGCCAGCCUCUGGCGGGAAGUUGCUGAUCUUUCUCGGGUCCUGCAGCAUCCUGGCACAGUACGCGCGGUGGUGCGACGACGUUGAGCGCGCGAGCAUGCUGGAUGAGAUUCCGCCGCCGAGAUGGAGCCGAUACAAGAACGAAGCGAUCCGGAUAAGAACGCUACUUUACCGGUUUUUGAUCAUCGUCUUUGUGUGGGAGGAGAUUUUGGCAAGGUUUUUUCUGCUCCCGUUGUUGGGUUUACUUUUCCCAGAAGAAGAGGCGACUGGUGCGGCACAAGAACAGGCUACUGUUGGUGCAACGUCGUACUUCUCCAGCGGAGUUGCAACUCCAACUGCGUUGCAAGCGCAAGAUGGAGCAACAGCUGGCACCGCGGAACAAGAUAUAGCUGUCAACCUCGUUCCUUCUUUCUCGGCCGCGAGGUUUAAGGUAAUUUCUGAACCGGGCGCAACGUUGAUGUAUGAAUUGCAAAAGUAUCGUACUCGUAUAAAUGCAUUACAAAUAAUUUCCUCAGCGUGAGAAAUCAGAUUUGCAAUGCUGAUUUACCUGAAGAAAAGGAUUUGUAAUUCAUGACUUCCAUACGAGUGCGAUAUUUUUGCACAGGAUAUGAUGAACUACCAAACCAUAUAUUUCUUCGUCGGCCUCAUCGCUGCGACCGCGCAGGAGCACCUGAUGGAUUCGCUAACAAAACGAACGGUGCUGCUACGUCUUUUAGGUGCCAGAUCUGCGAUUUACGGUGGCGUGCUGGCACUUUGUAGCGGCGUGUUCGCCAUGUUCAACCUCGGGGCGACGGUGAACUUCCUGACUAACGUGAGCCCGACGCCGCACCAGUGCAUUCUGAUCUUGGAGGUAAAGUGGUGGAAAGUUUAUGAACUUUUUUUGCUUCGCAGUAGAUCAUUAUCUCAUACAAACAUAGUGUACUUAGUGUACUUAAGUACUUGGUUUUCAUAUUCAUUUUGAUUUUACUUUUAUGCAACUACAUCCUGAUCAUGAUAAUUUGCCAUCUGCCUCGAAGUUUAUUUCCCUCCUCCAUAUAUAACCAGAUCCGUCGUAUCGGUGUUUUUGCCGGCCUGAUCCCGGUUCUGUGGAGCUUCAGCAAACUUUGCCUGCAGAAGAACAUGGGCGAGAUUGCGGUUCUGUUCGCGUUGGCCGUCGGGGUGCUUGCGGGGAUUCAAGUCGUGCGGUACUACCACAUGGAGGAACUCUUGCACCGGAAAACGAUCUUCUCCUCCUACCGCAUUCUCCUUCUGUUCCCGCACACCAGCAGCCACGCUCGCAGCCGUGCAGAACAGGCGAUGGAGCUCGCGAUGCGCCGGACGGCGGUCACGUCCGCGAAGGGGGCUUCUGGGUUCGUUGCGAAGUCGCUGGUCAGGCAGAUCUUCAACUUCGGCGGGUACUAUCUGUUUGGGAAAAAGUGAUGAGUAGGCACUGGUACCUCCUGUAGUUCCUGUUUGGGACGAACAGCUGCCUGCUCAUCUGUUUGUGGUGUUUGAAAAAUGCCAGCAACAACGCCGAGUAGUCAAUGACUCACGUAUCCGGUACGAUUUUACUACGUGUUGAACUUCCAAGAAAAUCGACAUUCUAUCCACAAAAAACGUCAAAUUGAAAUUUCGAGAGGCGACAGUCACAAUCUCAAUCUUUUUUCUCUUUCGUACAGACAUUCACUCUCGUAAAAACAAAAAGAAAAACAAGAACCACUAAGUUCUUGGACGCAUUAACAAUCAAAAAGAAAAACAAAAAACUCGAUUCGUGUAUUGUAGACGGACGACCGCUGUCAAUCCAUUGCUAACAG